AUGAUCAUGGACAAUGAUCCAUUCCGAAGAGGCCAACCUUCAAACCACACAAUCUUUGGGGUUGACAUGGCAAUCCUUGCUGGUGAUGCUUUGUUCCCACUCGGCUUCCGUCACAUUGUCUCCCAUACCUCUUCGGACCUUGUACCUGAGACUCAACUUCUUCGUGUUGUUGCUGAGAUCGCCCGAGCCGUGGGGUCCACUGGCAUGGCUGCUGGUCAGUUUGUUGACCUUGAGGGUGGGCCCAACGCAGUUGAAUUCGUCCAAGAAAAAAAAUAUGGUGAAAUGGGUGAGUGCUCAGCUGUUUGCGGAGGCCUAUUAGCUGGUGCUACGGAUGAUGAGAUUCCGCGGCUAAGAAGGUAUGGACGAGCGGUUGGAGUAUUGUAUCAAGUGGUUAAUGAUGUGUUGGAGGCGAAAUUGAAGAGCGAGGACAAAGACGAGAAGAGAAGAAAAAGGGUAAGAGUUAUGUGGCGAAGUAUGGGGUGGAGAAGGCUAUGGAGGUGGCUGAGGAUCUCAAAGCACAGGCUAAGAGGGAGUUGGAUAGUUUUGAGAAGUAUGGUGAGAGAGCAGAACCCCUCUACAGCUUUGUAG